AUGGCUUUGUACGACUACGCUAUAGGCAAUACGGCAACUAUAACUACUUCUGAGUAUACUAAUAGGCGAAAUAAGCUUAUAGACGAGGUCCGUGAGUACAUCGCUAGUUAUAAUAAGCUGUCCGGCUUCAAGCGCGACUGA